UCCAUCUAUAAAUAAGCCCCUCUUCCAAGCCUCAAUUCCCUUUUCCUCUCCUCCCCUCCUUCCCACUAAGGAUCGCUUGUUCCUGUGCAGCAGCGCGGUGGCGCUUUACCACCUUCCUUGCAAGAAACUCUUGCUCCCCAUACACAUCUUCCUUGUCUUCUUGAUUUCGUAGCCUUGCACUUGUGUCUUUGUGCUCCAAUCAGAAACUCUGCAAAAAUUUCCCACCGAAAACUAAUAUUCCAGGGGAGACUCUGUCAAAAUUUCUACCUGCCAUCAAGCUGAUACAGGAUACAUUUUUCGUUUAGUGAUCAACUCGCUGUUUGUGAGGUAAAAGAUUGUAACAUUUGGGCCAACUGAUCCAUGAUAGACUGAAGAGAGGAAGGCCGUGGCUUCUUAGAUGUCACAAAUCCUCUCGGAGGCUAUCCGUUCCGGGUUUAUGAUCAAUUCGACGCUCCGGCGAGGCACCCAUCUUGUUCUCUCCUUCUCUGUUGUGUUCCUCUACUGGUUCUAUGUGUUCUCAGUAAGGUCCUAGCCACCAUCAAAUCCCAUCCAUUAGAUCAUUCAAAUAAGAAAAAUUAGCAUCGUCAUACUGUACCUAUAUAGUUCUUUAAAACUAUAGCCUCUAGAGACAACUUAGAAGAAGCUUCUAGAGAUAUCUGGGGGUGAACGUAGUGUCAACGUAGUUUUCUGCUGGGUGAAGCAUUAAGGGGUGCUCAAAGAAUUUGUUGAAGAUGAGCCUGUCAGGUGGGACCUUCUCAAGUGGGACCUCGUCCGGCUCGAGUCAUGGGACUCCUAGCUUUGGGUCAGAUCAGGCGGACAUGGAGCUCCAGGCUCGGAUGGAGCUGAAGCGUAAGAGAAGGAUGGAGUCAAACCGUGAGUCAGCAAAGAGGUCAAGGCAGAGGAAGCAACAGCAUCUGGACGACCUCAACUCACAGGUCGACCAGCUGAGGACGACGAAACAGCAGCUCAUCACAGCGCUGAACAUCACCACCCAGAACUGCGCAGCAGCAGAAGCUCAGAACUCGGUGCUGCGCACCCAGAUGAUGGAGCUGGAGAGCAGGCUGUCUGCACUGCGCGACAUCAUAUGCUACAUGAAUGCGAACCAAGUUUCCAAUGCUGCAACCAUUAGUGUCAAUAAUCCAUCAGCGAUCAUGAGCGCGACUGCUAAUAACCACUACGAUCCUUUUGCCGCGAGCGCAUGGAACUCAGGGAUGCAAAUGGUGCAGCAGCCUAUAGAUCACUUGCUGUAUCAGUGCUUCUAGCAAGGAGAAGAUCAUAGAGGCUAGAGAAACAAGGCCGUAUCAGGAUGUUAUGCGUGGUAGAAUGUUGUGGGCCAUUGUGUCACCACUAAUCAGUGGUCUUUGUCGUUUUGAUUUGUUUUAUAAGGGACUAUGGGUGCAAAUGCAAUGGUGUGUUGGCCUUUUGCUCAUGUUGGUGGUAGAGGUUAUAUCAAAUUGGUAAGUGGCUAGAUGUCUUUUGGCAUUGGGUGACUCGGGCCUGGGGGUAGUGGCUGCAUUUGUAGGUGAGGGCGCUACAGGGGAGAUCGAUGUGGCCAUUAGGUGCCGAAGAAUUGGCAUCUGGUUCUUCACUACUGCAAAUUGCAAUGAUAAUAAAUUAUUAUGUUUAA